UUAACUAAGCACAACAGUACUUCAUGGAUUCAUUUUUUCCCGAGAAACUUCUGGGUGAGAUUUUCUGGGAUCAACCCCUUUUGCCCACUGAUCAAAGCGAUGUAAUUCAAAAUUCCCAUAUGAUCAAGGCUGAAGCUUUCCCUCCAGCAACUCAAAGUGCUUUUGUUCAAUAUAUAGACCUACCCAGAAGAAAUAACCCUCUAAACGGGUCAAAUUCAGAGAGCAUGAGUAAGAGGAUGCUUGCUUUCUUGAGAAAAAGUUCCCCUGUGGAGAGAAAUAACGUAGAAGAGAAUGAAAGAGAUCGCAGUUUCAGGCACAUGAUCAACGAGAGAAUGAGAAGACAGAGACAGAGACAAUGUUGCUUGGCCCUGCAUUCAAUUUUACCACAUGGAACCAAAACGGAUAAUAAUUCUGUGAUUCAAACAGCAGCAAAGGAAAUUGUAAGGCUACAAGGAUGCAGAGAAGAGCUGAAGAGGAAAAAUUGCGAGGCUGAAGCAAAUGCUGAAGGUGUUUGUGUGAGGAACGAAGAUGGAGGAAGCAAGAUUGCAUAUUUGAGAGUUGCAGAUCCGGAGUGUGGAAUUGAUUCAAUGGUUGAGAGGCUGAAGUGGUUGAAAGAGGAAGGAGUGGAGAGCAGGAGGAUCAAAUCAAGUUUCUCCCCAACGGAGUUGUUUGCAGUGUUAGAGAUAGAGUGGUGAAGAGGUAUAAUGUUGUUGGAAAACAAGGAAUGAAGUUCAUGGGAAGGUUCAUUGGAAACUUGGAAGAAAAAGCAAAUAUAGAGUUAGAAUUUCAUUAUAAGUGCAGUUUAAUUUGUAAAUAAUGUAGAUGAUAGACAGACACAC